UAGACCCAGCGGCAGCCAGCUCCCUUGUCCCUUCCUCCUCCACAAGGACACCACCUACCGAGCUCACCGCCGGCGAUGGGGAAGCUCGGCGACUGCUGGGACGAGUGCUGCUACAAGUGGGACGAGUGGAAGUACUGCCUGGCCUGCCUCGGCAUCGCGGCCGGCGCCGCCCUCCUCGCCGCGCUCCUCGCCGCCUUCGGCUUCGUCCGCCACGUCUCCGUCUCCGUCGACGAGGCCUCGCUGGCGCGCUUCGAGCUGAACGCGAGCUCGCCGGUGACGUCGCUGGCCUACAACCUCUCGCUGACGCUGGUGGUCCGCAACCCCAACUGGGCGAUGGCCCUCAGGAACACCAAGCCGCUGGAGGCCGCCCUCAAGUUCGACGACCAGGCGUUCGACCGGUUCGAGCUCGCCGGGAAGGGCGACAGGCACCCGCCCGGGAAGACCCGGGUGUACCACCUCGCCGCGGGGGCCGCCGCGAGGUUCGCCGCGCUCGGGAACGCCGGCGAGGCCGAGUUCCGGAGGGAGAACGCGACGGGGACGUUCGAGGUGGAGGUGGCGGUCGCCGGGGAGGUCCGGUACACGGCGCGCUACACCAAGUGCAAGGUCGAGGCGUCAUGCCCGCUCAGGCUGCAGCUCGCGCCGCGCGCCGCCGCCGCCGUCGUGUUCCAGAGGGUCAAGUGCAAGCUCGCCAAGCCGGAGAAGAACUGCUAGUGAUCGGAACAAUGCAGGAGCUUUAUUUUUCGUUUAAUUUUUGUGGCGAUGAUCUCGUUCUGUUGAAAUUUGAUUUCGUUUUAUCUUGUUUACGUUUGCAAUUGGCGCGGAUUGGGAUUUGUUUAAA